AUGCCGACCAAAGGUUUUUGGAAAAAGAGAUCUUUGCGCUCUCGCGAUGAUCAAACGAACAGACCCGAGGUCACAUUGCGCGAGUCGUUGUACCCCAUCGCGUUGGUCACCAUCUUGUUCUUCCUCUGGGGUUUCUCUUAUAGUCUGCUUGACACUCUGAACAAACAUUUCCAAAACACGCUGCACAUCACCAAGGCACGUUCAUCCGGCCUUCAAGCUGCUUACUUUGGAGCUUAUCCCCUGGCAUCACUUGGUCAUGCUGCUUGGAUUCUGAGACGUUUUGGCUAUCGUGCUGUCUUUAUCUGGGGGUUGUUUCUAUACGGCGUCGGCGCUCUGCUUGCUAUCCCUGCUAUUAAGCAUGAAAGCUUUGGAGGCUUCUGUGCUUGUAUUUUCAUUAUCGGAAAUGGUCUAGGAUCCCUAGAGACAGCUGCAAACCCUUAUAUUACCAUUUGCGGUCCUCCCAAGUACGCAGAGAUCCGUAUCAACAUAUCGCAGGCUUUCAAUGGUGUUGGAUCAGUCAUCUCACCAGUGCUUGGUUCCUACGUAUUCUUCGCUUUUGAUGAUGCGAAGGCUCUUCAAAAUGUUCAAUGGGUCUACACGGCCAUCGCCAUCUUCGUAUUCAUUUUAGCCGGUGUUUUUUUCAUGUCCAGCAUCCCCGAAAUUACCGACGCAGACAUGGCUUAUCUGGCGAACGAGGCCCAUACUAACGAAGACAGCAAACCAUUCUGGAAGCAAUACAAACUAUUCCACGCUGCUUUUGCUCAGUUCUGUUACUGUGGUUCUCAAGUUGCUAUUGCUGGGUAUUUCAUAAACUACGUCACAGAAACACGAGCCAACACCAGCUCGGCAACCGCUUCCAACUUCCUGGCUGGAGCACAGGCAGCUUUUGCGGUGGGCCGGUUUGCUGGUGUAGGGCUGAUGUACUUUUUACGACCUCGUUGGGUCUUCGGAUUUUACAUGCUAAUGGUCAUGGUUUUCCUCGCCCCUUCCAUCACUCAGCGUGGAAAUAUCGGCAUGAGCAUGCUUUAUGUCACCCUCUUCUUUGAGUCCAUUUGUUUCCCUACCAUCGUUGCGCUUGGUAUGAAGGGCCUCGGUCGUUAUACGAAGCGUGGUUCGGGUUUUAUUGUUGCAGGUGUGCUCGGAGGUGCUUGUGUUCCGCCCUUGACAGGUGUGACAGCCGACGCCUACAGUACCGGCACUGCCAUGUUUGUGCCAUUGAUCUUCUUCGUUGGCUCUCUGUCUUAUGCCAUCUGCGUCAACUUCGUGCCUGCUUACGUGAACACCAUGGAUAAGCUUACCGAGACUGAUCUAGGUCUACAUGGACACCGUUCGGCGGACGAGGAGACUGUCAGUGGCACAUUGGAGAACCAGGAGAAGAAAGCCGUUGUCAUCGAGCAAUUUGAAUGA